GAUUGGGCCUUAGGCUCAAUCCCAUUUCUAUCCCUUACCCUUACCCCUUCAAAACAAGGGGGAGGGGGAAGGGGUAGAAAUGGGAUUGGGCCUAAGUGUUAAGGCCUCCACAUGACCAGACCAGACUUGUUUGUGUUGAAGUGGAUCUAUUGUUCCAUUACUUCACUGGUGGAUUUAAUGAGGGCCUAUUCUCAAGCUACAUCCUAGAAACGGUAGCCUUGGUAUCUGGACUGGUCUCAGGGGGGGCAUACAUAGCACGUUGGUUUAUUUUCCAACAAUCUGCAAGGUCUCCCAUUCAUAAUAUUCUCAUUCAAGCCCACCCUGGACCACAAAGGCUUUUUUGAUACCAGAAUGUUGCUAUGAAUCUGCCAAAUAUUGACGACAAUAAUUAGGGUAUAGAACAUGGAUUAAAUUAAUAAUCAAGUUUUGAAAUAAAUGUAUAAAGUCCCCUAAUGAAUGAGGGGGGAAAAACGUUGCUUUACUGAGAGCAUUCAGCUAUUGGAUGACCUACUGGAGCUGAGAUAUACAAAUAGACGGUGUUUAUCAACAGGGUCAUAAAAUAGGUGGAACACAGAAGGACGGUUUGUUGCCUGGUGGGGAAAUAAACACUUUGGAAAUAAUCUGGUUGUCUUCUGCGCAAAAACUCCACUACCCAUAAUGCACCAGAAGGUUGCCGUGUCUUGUCGUGUUCCGCCCUCACCUGGCGAGGUGCUGCUGUGCGGCGUCCUCGCCUCUAUAUGCGUGGAAGAACAAAACUUUCUUAAGACAUUUUAAACUAAUGAAAAGGUGAGUCUGCCUAUUUCUUUGAUUCGGCCACCUAAUCCCAGGAGCGGCGCUUAGAUCACGUUACAAUGUCGACUCUUUCAGCACGUGUUGGAUAGCCUACAUCUGCUCCAAGUAGCAUUUGUCUUCACUUUGUGCGUAAAGUGUUCCCCGCGGCUACCAAGUGUGCGCCCACAUUUUCUGCAAACCUCGUACAUCUUAUGUCGACGCACUACAAGUCAACCUAGUUAAGACAUGUGACCUGCCGCAAUCUGCAUGACAGAAGUUAAAUUGGCAAAAAUCAACACUUCAUUACACUUAGCAGUCCCUGCAUAACUACUGGUUGUAGGUUGGCCUACAUCCAGAGAUCGGGACUGCAGCUCGUUUGGGACGUUUCUCUUAACAUGGAGGCUACAGUAUGAAGUGAUUGGGGCAUCUGAAGAAAACCGAAUAGCAACAUGACAAUGAUCUACAUCGAGCAUUGGAGUCCAGAGGAGGUCGCUGGGUGGAUUCGCCACAUCGGUCUGUCGGAUUGUGCGGACAGCUUUCUAGAGAAAGGGGUCACGGGCUUGGAUCUGCUGGAGAUCACUGAAUCCAUGCUGGAGUGGUUUGGCGUGAGCGACGUGGACCAGCGCCUCUACCUUCUGGAGCGUCUGGAGGACCUGCUGAGUCUACAGGAGGACCAGAGCCCGGGAUCGGACGGCCCCCAAGCCCUCUCCUCGCCCCCCCACACCCAGCCCCAGCCCGGACACCCCGGCCAUGAGCAACCCCCUCCCCCACUGAGCACCCCCCCCGAAAAGAAAGACUUCACAGGGAGCAUAGACCGUGGGCGGAGCCUAUCCUUCCAUGAGGGGCGUGGCCAGCGCGAGGCCGAGAUGAGGGCUGCCGCCGAGGAAGCGUCCAAUAGCAGCGCCGGAGGAGGAGGAGGAGGCGGAGGAGGAGGAGGAGGCAGCACCGUCCUACAGCGCCUCCUGCAGGAGCAGAUGAGCCGUAACUACCUGCUCAAGCAGCAGCACGACGGAGCCCGCGCGGGCCCCGGCCCCGGGUACCCCGCCCCGGGGGGCCCCGUCGACGACCACUCGGCGACCACCCACAACGCCCGCCAAGAGCCCCAGGGCCAGGAGCUGCAGGCGGACAGCGGCAUGGAGAAGCUGUCGGCCCCCCGCGGCGGCGGCGGUGGCGGCGGGAGCCUGGGGGGCCCCAACAGCAGCGGCGGCAGCGGCGGCGGGCAGUGCCAGGGGCCCGAGGACCUGCCCACCUACGAGGAGGCCAAGGUGCAGUCGCAGUACUUCCGCGGCCACGGGCCCCCCCAGCCGCCGCCCCCCCUCCAGCAGCAGCAGCAGCAGCCGCCGCCGCCCCACCCGGCCUCCGUGGGCGCCGCCUUCUACGUGACGGGCAUGACGGGCGCCAAGGUGCGCACGGAGGGCCGGCCCACCGUGCAGCGGGUGAGCGGCGCGGGCAAGGUGCACCAGGACGACGGGCUGAAGGAGCUGAAGCAGGGCCACGUGCGCUCCCUGAGCGAGCGGCUCAUGCAGCUGUCGCUGGCCACCAGCGGCGUGAAGGCCCACGCGCCCGUCACCAGCGCCCCGCUCUCCCCGCAGCUGCCGCCGCCGCCGGGGCCCCCGGGGGACUACUACAAGCCCCAGCACCGGGGGCCCCCGCCCGAGUACCCCUUCAAGGGCAUGGGGUCCCCGCCCAAGCAGCAGCAGCAGGAGCCGCCGGGGGGCCACUUCUACCAGGAGCAGAGGGUCCGCGAGCACUCCCGCGAGGUGCCCCACGUCCGGUACCAGCCGCCGCCCGAGUACGGCUCGUUCAGGUCCAGUAAAGACGGCUCGGUGCACUCCCAGCGGACGCUGCACCACCACAGCCCCACCUCCUCCGUCACCUCGGUGGGCUCCCUGUCCCGCACGCAGUCCUCCACCCUCAGCAGCCUGCUCAGCUCCUCGCACGCCUCCUACUCCCCCCACCCCUCGCACGGGGCCCACCCCCAGAGCCAGGGCGAGCUGUACCCCGGCAUGGGCCCCCGCGGCCCCCCGGGGCCCCCCCCCCACCAGCAGCAGCAGCAGCAGCAGCAAGGGGAGCAGCACAUGUACGGACCCCCCCCCCAGAGGGCCCAGGUCCUAUCGCAGGACCCCUACGGCUCCACGCACAGGAUGCACCCCCACCAGCAGCACCACCACUACCAGCAACAACAACAACAGCAACAGCAGCAACAACAACAACAACAACAGCAGCAACACCACCAACAGCAGCAGCAGCAACAACUUCAGCUACAACACCACCAUCAGCAGCAGCAGCAGCAGCAACAGCUGCAGCAGCAGCAGCAGCAGCAGCAGCAGCAGCAGCAGCAGCAGCAUCACCAACAGUUCCAGAGCGCCCCGCCCCCGCAGCCCCAGCCCCAGCCCCAGCUGCAGCAGCCGGUCCAGGCCGGACACUUCCCCCACCCGCACUCCCAGUACCACCUGCAGGGGGAGCAGUUCGCCAUGAUGAGCCGGGCGCACCAGAUGGUGGACAUGCUGACGGAGGAGAAUAAGAUGCUGAGGCAGGAGAUGGAGGCGUUCAGGGAGAAGGUCUCGAAGCUGCAGAAGCUGGAGAACGAGACCCAGCUGGUGUCGGAGGCCUACGAGAACCUGGUCAAGUCCUCCUCCAAGCGGGAGGCCCUGGAGAAGACCAUGAGGAACAAGCUGGAGCUGGAGGUCCGGAGGCUCCACGACUUCAACCGGGACCUCCGCGAGCGGAUGGAAACGGCAAACAAGCAGCUAGCUGCUAAAGAGUGUGAGGGCUCAGAGGACAACCGCAAGACCAUCUCCCAGCUGCACGCACAGAAUAAGGAGGUGGUGAGGGAGAAGGAGAAGCUGGAGAUGGAGAUGAACUCUCUGCGCUCCACUGCGGAGGACCAGCGGAGACACAUCGAGAUCCGAGACCAGGCCCUCAACAACGCCCAGGCCAAAGUAGUCAAGCUGGAGGAGGAGCUGAAGAAGAAGCAGGUGUACGUGGAGAAGGUGGAGCGCAUGCAACAGGCUCUGGCCCAGCUGCAGGCCGCCUGCGAGAAGAGGGAGCAGCUGGAGCACCGGCUCCGCACGCGGCUGGAGAGGGAGCUGGACUCUCUCCGCAUGCAGCAGCGGCAGGGCGGGGCUCACGGCGCGGGCGCGGCCUCCUCGGAGUACAACGCCACGGCGCUGAUGGAGCACCUGCGGGAGAAGGAGGAGCGCAUCCUGGCCCUGGAGGCCGACAUGACCAAGUGGGAGCAGAAGUACCUGGAGGAGAGCGUCAUGAGGCAGUUCGCCCUGGACACCGCCGCCUCCGUCGCCACGCAGAGGGAUACGUCGUCGUCGUCCAUAUGCCACUCCCCCAGCAGCAGCUACGACACGUCGGUGGAGGCACGCAUCCAGAAGGAGGAGGAGGAGAUCCUGAUGGCCAACCGACGCUGCCUGGACAUGGAGAGCAGGAUCAAGAACCUGCACGCUCAGAUCAUCGAGAAGGACGCCAUGAUCAAGGUGCUCCACCAGCGCUCCAGGAAGGACCCCCACAAGGCGGACGGGCCCUCGGCCAUGAGGCCCUCCAAGAGCCUCAUGUCCAUCGCCAACACGGGCUCCGGGGGCGGCUCCGGGCUGCUGUCCCACUGCCUGGCCCUGAGCAGCUCCCCCAUCACCGAGGAGAGGAGGGACACCGGCUGGAAGGGCAGUCUGGGGCUCCUGCUGGGUCCAGAGUACCGGACAGACUCCCUGAGGACGGAGUCCAUCUCCUCGUCUCCCUCCCCGGUGUUCCCCUCCACGCCGGCCACGGCGGGACACUCCAAGACGGGCAGCCGGGACAGCUGCACCCAGACGGACAAGGGCCAGACCCCGGCCCAGGACAGCUACCGGAGCAGCACCACGGGCCUGAACAGCCUCUCCGCGGGCCUGCAGAGCAGCAGCGGCAGCAGCGGCGCCACCGGCCUGACCAGCAUCACCAGCCUGCACAGCAUCAACACGGGCCUUCAGAGCAGCAGCACGGGCCUGAACAGCCUCUCCACCGGCCUGCAGAGCCUUAGCCCCGGCCUGCAGAGCAUGACCCUGCCUGCCCGCCUGGGUCCCAGCCCGGUGUACAUACCGGACCGCCUAGCAGAUGCAGGGUUCCACAGCAGUACUCUGGAGAGGAGACCCCCGGUUCAGUCACACUCCCAGCCCUCGGCCCUGGCCCUGACCCAUCAGCAGGAAGUAGACAACGACAUGGUCGAGAUUCUAAUCUGACGCCGUCACUUUAAGAACUCUCCAGCGCCCCCCUGCCUGGCGGUGGAAGAACAAAAUCAGCCCAACGACUUCUAUACGAGUUUGUGUGUGUGUGGGAAAAACAGCACAGGCACACAGCCUCUGAUAAGUUGGUUGCGAGUACAAAAACAAAUACACGUACACACACACACACUUUGAAUUUCUGGUGAAGGAUUGCUCUAUUGGUUCUUAAUUUAACAUUUGGUGUUGAAUGCUCUCUGUAGAGGGUGUGACUAUGUUGAAAUGCACUAGUGUGUUUGACAAGAUGACAGUAUUGGUGGCAAUACAACGAGAGAGGGUUGGUAUUAUUGUUACGUUGUGCACAGAACACAUGGCAGCCGUGUUGAUCCCCACCUUCUGGACUAUUAGCAUUUCACCAGUAGGCGGGACAUUCGGGAAAGGAGGACGUGAUUGGCCGGCAACAGCCAAUCAUAAGGCUUGAUUGUUGAGGCUCCUCCCGACAUUUCCGAUAGUUAUUUCAUCAAACCUGAAUGGAGCUUUCUACAACAAGUCUGUGUUGUCGGCCUCGUCGCCAGGCAGAUCAAUCAAAGUCACUUUUACAGUGUUGCCAGAGGCCCCGCCCAUUGCCCAGCACCCCUGGGUCCAAAUGUAUUGGCCACCUUUUAAUGCAUUUAUUGCACUACUUUUUUUGUAUUUUAUUUUUCUAAAGAGGGUGUUCUUUUUUUCUUUUUUCUUUCUUUACAAAACAUCCGACGUAGGUAUUGUAUUUAUGUGUAGAAUAUUAUUUACAAUAGUUAGGCAUGGUAAUGGGGUAACGAUACUGUACUCGACAAAAUACCCAUACCCUUGUAAAUACUGUAUAUGCGUAUGUAUGCUGUAAAAAAAAAUACCUAACCUUGUGGAGGAUUUGUGUGCGUGUGUGUGUGUGUGUGUGUGUGUGUGUUUGGGUGUGUGUGUGGGGGGGAGGGGUUUGAAGCAAAGCAAAGCAAGCCACUUUAUCACAUCACACCAGACCCAUUAGCAAAAACCUGACUCGGACGCAGCCGUUUUGCUAGCAUUCACAGCUAGCCACGCAAGCCUGCUCAGAAGCUGGUAGGAAUACUGGUGGUGUCAGAAGCUCGCAACGUCACCAUGGCGACGUCGCAGCGCCCAAUCGGUAGCUGAUGCAUUCAGAUGGUCCCCAAAAGGAGAGCUGGAUGAACCACGCGCUGCCUCGCUGGCCCCUCAGCGGCCCGGCUGUGGCUAUGCGCUAACCAGCCGCGGCGCACGACGCUACCGUUUGGCCGCGGACGUCUGGGAAGGGAAGUUUGAGGAGUCGGCACUUUCACUGUGAUCCUGUUUUGACCCACGGGGCCAGUCCCCACUGGAUGGGGGGGGGGGGGGGCUGUAGUGGACCCCUGUCAGACUUGGGGCCCCUUUCUAACGAUCCUGGAUGGGACGACCCUGCCUGAGGGUUGUAACCCGGCACAGCGCCUAACUGCUCUCAGACUCUUUGAUGUGUGUGUGUGUGUGUGUGUGUGUGUGUGUGUGUGUGUGUGUGUGUGUGUGUGUGUGUGUGUGUGUGUGUGUGUGUGUGUGUGUGUGUGUGUGUGUGUGUGUGUGUGUGUGCAGUAGGCUUGGUGUGUCAGGGAUGACCGGUGAGUGACUGACGGCACGACGGGCAGGACAGUACAGGGGAUCACCGAUGUGCCUUCGCAGUGUUGCCAUGGUUUCCGUUUGCUCUGCCGCAACCGUGUACGGCCUCACUUUUUCCAAGAUUCACAAGUCACACAAGUGUUCACGUUUUUUGAGCCCUGCUCGGAAUAGCAUACGAUCAUGACAAUACAGAAGAUGUAUACUGUUGGUUAGUUACGUUUAUUUGUUGCGCACACACCCCAUGUGGUCUACACUUUAUGAUAAGAAAACAAGCACAAACGUUUGCAGAUUUUAAUUUUUUUUUCCUGCGAAUACCAUCGAUUUAAUCAAACCCGCUUUCCGGACUGCUGGAGCCUAGCAAUGAGAAAAAAAAAGAUGUUGGAUGUUUGAAAUUGAGCCUAUAAAAAGAAUGACAGAUUUUGUUUAGUGUGUUUGGCCGAACUGAAGGAGGCUAGAGUUAUUUGACGUUUUUAUGAUUGAAUCGUGUUUUCUCCAAACGACAUUCUAUCUGCACUUAAAUUAUUAUAAUAUUGGUUUUGGAAGAACCAGCCCUGGCUACCAGUAAGGUGCGGACGAUUAGAAUCAAUCCUUCAUUGAAAGUCAAGACGAUUGGAAUUUCUCAGAAGUUCACGUUUUUGUUGUUUCGCCACUCCCAGAAUUCCAUGCAGUUAGACUAACGUGAACUUGAAGCUUAUGAACAGAAUAAACCAACUGGAAGACUUCCACUUAAAGCCAAAAUACUGGGACCAAAGAAGCUUUGGCUGGUUAGAUUGUGCAAAACUUGCCUUCUCAUAGUUUAAAGUCUGUCAAGAUCAAGAAUACAAUGCUUCGAAUUACAAUUAUGUACAUCAAGUAUUUGAUAUUUGUGCCUCAUUGUAUUAGAAACCUUGCCUUAGUGCCUGAUGCUAUCGUUGAAGCACAACAUGUAAUGUUUACGUCAGUAAGGGUUUUACUGUACGGGGGUGUCGGCUUGGAACUAAACCCGUGUGAACCACAACUUGUUGAAUGUGUAGACGCCAUGGGUUAGGAUUUGACGUGAAGAAGGGUGACCCUGUUACUGUUACAUUCCUGUCUUUCCUGGUGAGCUUUGAGGAGAACCAAGACAAAUGACUUUAGUGAGGAGAAGGGGGUCAUGUGGGAACUGCAGGCUCUGCAGAGCUGGGUUUGGAGUGAUUCAAAGAAUAUUGAAUGUUCCCUGUAAGGGAAAAUAUAAAACACACUAUACAAUCUGAGGUGAAUGGUUUGUCAUAACAUAAUUAAUUUAUAUUCACAUAUGAAUGCUGGCACAUUUAGCUAUACUCACCAACUUGUUUUUGUUCAUUUAUUAGAAAUGUUGAAUUCUAACUAUUGGGCCUUCGUUAUUUCUCUGAGACAAUAUCUUUCAAUGUGUGCUGAUAUAUUCAUAUACAAGUUUGUUGUUUUUGUAGUUUGAAGCAAUCAUAAUGGCAAAGUGUCAAAGGUUACAGACUAAAUGUUUAUGCUCCUUCUGCCCCAUCAAGGGGCUUCUCUCCCUGUCGGUCAUGUGACUUUUGACUGUCACUCUAUUCAGAAAAUGAACUUGUCAAACGUGCACUUCAAAUUAGUUUAGUCGCCAAAUAUGCCUUGUUCAAACUGGUGACAAACUUGCAAGAUUUUGUAUCGAACAAAACAUUUCAGGUGUAGAAAACACAUUUCAAAAAUCACAUGCUUUUCAUGUCAAUCAGUCCAUGCCUGUCUGACUCUAACUCCUGUCAUGAAUUAGCCUGAUUAUGCCCCUUUUUGAUCAAGUAUUCGACCUAGAGAUAGUUGUCAUCAGCAAAAGAGAUGGAUUCAUUCACAGAUGGCUGGGAGUAAACCGUUCUAAACAGGAACGAUCGACGACAAUGUAAAGUAUGGUAGUGUUAUGUGUUAUUCCCACCUCUGAACCGAACCUCUGUCCCGCAAAACCCGGGUCCGAACAUCUUACCCAGUCUUACCCAGUGCCUUCUCACACAGAAACCCCCUUGAUGCGAGGCCCAAGCCUCGCAUCAAGGGAACUCCUAUAACUAGUGCCCUCAUGUUUCUCUGCACUAUGCAAUUUUUUACAAUGUUUUAAAUGCAAAGCACUGACUACAUCCGCCUGUGUUCCGUACGCUCCGUCCUAAUUUACGUUUGGUUUAGGAAAGAAAAGCGAUCACGUCUUGGGUCAAUACAUGUUAAAUUGUUCUUCCUACAGAUUUAGGACAGGCGAAACCAGCAUUCUGUGUGGUUUAAAGAAAAUGGCCGUGGUCGAGCAAAUGUAUUCGGCUGCAGCAGUACGCUCCGUUGGACGGCCGAAUCAUGUACCGUUACGAGCGCUUGCUGCGGAUAUCCUGGAGUCUGCACACACGUGCGGCUUGGUUUUUAUAUUGUUGUACAAUCACAUUUGCCGUAAAUGUUUUUGUUUUUUUUAACAAUUCAUAAUUUUGUCCACCUUGUUAUUUUAUAUACAUAUAAUGUUCAUCUCAUCCAGUUUAAUGUACUAUGGACCUAGUUUAUUUAGUUGGUUUAUAAUGUAUUUCAGACAAGUUCCCAAAAUAAAAAAAAACUCCAAAUGUUUGUUUGAUAAAGAACGUGGAUGGUUAGUGUUGUUUUUUGUAAAAUAAAACCAUGAAACAUUACAAAACGAAGUGAUCCUUCUGCUUUUCUAUAAACUGACAACACUUCUCAAACAUAUCUUAAAGCAAU